AUGAAUUCGUCCAACAUUUCCACCGCAUCCAUCGUCUACUCCCCAGAAAACCUUACCCAAGAAAUGAUUGACACUAAAGAGGACUUUGUGGAGCCUCAGAAGCAGCAAGUCAGGCUCAACGGCGGCUUUGUUGCUUGGACCCAGGUUUUGGUCAGCCAUCUCAUCGUGGUGAAUGGUUUUGGCUACUUCUCUUCAUUUGGUCUCUUCCAAAGUCAUUGGAUGCUGUCACUCAAUCGAUCGGCAUCGGACAUUUCUUGGGUUGGCUCCAUUUCGCUCUUUCUUUUGUUCUUUCUGGGCACACUCUCAGGUCCGCUCAUGGAUAGUGGUCAUUUCCGAUCUCUCAUCUUGGUUGGGUGCGGCUUCCAGCUUCUUGCCGUUUUCACAACAUCGGCUGUUACACAGUACUGGCAGCUCAUUUUAGCUCAAGGGAUAGCACAGGGAAUCGGUAAUGGUCUUCUAUUUACACCUUGUGUCGCUUUGGUCUCCAUAUACUGGACCAAAAGGCGAGCCUUUACUCUGAGUCUUGCAGCUUGCGGUGCGCCAGUUGGAGGUAUCGUCUUUCCCAUCAUCUCCAGGGAGCUAUCACCUACCCUUGGAUACCCAUGGACCAUUCGCAUCAUGGGCUUUGUUAUGCUCUUCAACGCAAUUAUCAUCAUGCUAUUAGCGAGGCCUCGCCAGUUCAAUCGCACGAAAGGACCGCUUGUAGACCCGAGGGCCUUCAAGGACCCAGUCUACUCGCUAUUCUCUGUUGGAAUAUUCUUCACUCUUUGGGGCGUUUACAUUGCCUAUUUCUACACUUCGACUUUUGGCCGCGAAGUGAUUGGUAUAUCUGAAAGCAGUUCCCUAACGCUGCUCAUCAUUCUCAAUGCUGUAGGCAUUCCGGGUCGCAUCAUUCCCGCCUUCCUAGCAGAUGCUUACUUUGGAGCCUUCAACGUGCUGAUUCCAUUUGUCGGUGCUGGCGCGACUAUGCUCUACGCAUGGGCAGGGAUACAUGAGCCAGGCGCCUACUACGCAUUUGUCACAUUGUACGGUAUCUGUGCAAAUGCGGUCCAGACACUGUUCCCGUCUACGCUUUCAUUGCUCACUACCGAUUUGUCCAAAAUGGCAUCCCGGGUCGGUAUGGUGUUUGCUGUGGGGAGCAUUGCAUGCUUAACAGGACCCCCGUUAGCCGGCAGACUGAUCGACAUUGGCAAUGGCAGUUACCUGUAUGCACAGGUCUUUGGCGGGUCAUCCAUGGCCGUGGGAUGCAUGUUUCUUGGCGCCGCACGGUUCUGUCAACAUCGCAGGAGCAAGGAGUAG